AAUAUAUGUGUUGAUGUCUUUGUUCGUUAAUUUUACUGUGCAAUUGUAAUUAAAAUGGUUGAACAUAAACAUGGCUCCGAAACGCACGAUGAAAAGCUUCGACGUCGCCUGCAGGUGGUGUAUGCGCGUCAAACUCGUGAAAAACAAAUAUUCAUGGAAGAGUUAAAGGAAUAUCGGAGAAUCAAAGAUAAACAAAUGCUGCAGAGCGUUGUAGUUGCAGUUGGACCUCGAUGGUAUCAAGCUUUAAGUGUGCCUCAGAGAGUAGCGUUGGACUCUCUGAAAGAUUCCAUUUACCAAGAUAUAUUGGAAGGCCGUCCCAACCGGUCAUCUGUUGUUAUGCAUAAGCUCGGAUUGUUCCCUCGUCCGAGUACCACAGAACUUAUGAAUUGUCUUUAUGCAGGUCGUAACGACCCAAAAGAAAUGUUGGCGCAAUUAUAUCUGUCAACAUAUGGUUAUCCUAUCGAGGGAAAACGUACUUCGUAUUGUUUGAAUGCUAGACUUAUGUUGUCCGCCAUUUUUUAUUUGGGACUGGAUAACUUGUUAGUUUUACUUCAGAAAACGUUUGCGCCAGAUGAAACUAUAUCGGAACCUCCACCUAAACCAAAACCAAAGCCAAAGGCUCCGCUUCCAUCUCCAUAUCUAGCAAAAAUGGUUGCGACGUUAUAUUUGCCUCCACAAAUCCGUCGUAAAUCGCCUUUGCCUUUGCCAGAUCUAAGUGAACUCAAUGAGCCAUAUGAAGAGGAGCCCGUAAUGCCGAAACCUCCUCCACCGCCACCUCCACCGCCGCCACCGAAAAAGAGAUUACCAAAGUCGUACUGCGAUCAACUAGCAGGGAUCGGUGACGUAACGACUCACGUUUCAACUGCCACGAAUUUGGGUAACGCGCCAAAAAAAUAUCCACGAAAUACAUUACGGAAAUUGAGAUCAAAACCAAGUCUUUUGGACACUGCUAGUAAAAUAAAAGCAUUUACAUUAGAAACUAACCAGACUCCGAAAAAAAAGUUUCGGCGAAAAAAACCAGUGGCUCCAACGACUGGCUUGAAUAAUGUUCAAUAUAUGAUUAACGGAGUAUAUCGAGUUCAUGGUAAGACAGUCUAUGUUUUGGGCAGUGUUACACUUUUGCCUGCAGAAGGUGAUCUUAUCCACGGAGGAUUCAGUGUUGUUAAUGGAGAAUAUAUUACAAUACAUUGUGGUUUUCGUGGACGGCCGCCAGCGAGAAAAUCUGCCCCUUGCGAUUGUGUUAAAAAGUGGAAUGAUACAGUUUUUCAAUAUAUUAAAGAUCAUAAAUGCUACUGUGGUCAUUUUUACGAUUAUAGAAAUGAAGACGCCUUCCCUUCAGAUCAACUUCCUUAUUUUGACAAACCUACUCGCCAUUCUCCAUUACGUUUUAACUAUCAAAGAAUAUACGAUUUAGAUGAUAAAAGAUUAUACAUAGAAAAGGAAUUUCAGAAGGUUUGGGAAACAGAUAGUAUGUUACAUGUGAACGAUGGAACAACUCCUGCAAUAACUGAUAAGAAGAAGAAAAAGAAAAAGUAUUCUGAUAAUAUUCCCAAAAAGUCUACGGACACAGAUGUUGCAAACACCGAUGAUGAUUCAAGUAAAUCAAAAUUAGACAAAUCUACCAAGAAACGGAAAGACGCAUCUGGUGAUGAUGAACAUAAACUGAGAACAAAGAGUAGAAUAUAUAAAACAGAUGCAAUCCAAAGGAGAAUGUCAAUAGCAGAAGCAAAGAAAGAGUCCAAGAUGGAUGCAGAAACUCUGAAAAAACGUAGAUUAUCUCAAAGAAUAGCUUCAAAGAAAACUUUAGCUUCAGAUAGCGGCACUAGUAAAAGGAAUAGAAGCAAAUCGGCUAAUUGGAAAGCCUCAGGUACUUGUUUAGGACUGAAUCCAAAGCCUCAGGACUACCUGAAAUGCGCACUACGACACAUGCGGCAAAUCAAUGUUGCAGCGCGGCUGCCUGAUUUACAUUUAGUUCCCGAACUCAAAGAAUGGAUGAGACGAAGACUGUACGGGAGUCUUACAGUGGAAGAGAAAAAGGAAUACCUACGUAAGAGUACCACGUAUUGGCGAAUGUUCACAACGCUCAGCGGAAAAGGGUUUGGGCAUGUAGCAACACCUAAAGAACCUAUGUAUCUGGGUCACACUACUUGGUACCACAAACAAACUCUAAAUGAUAAUUUCAAACAUUUCACACACAGGUACAAGCUGUCCAUGUUCAGAUCACAUGCUUACGUCACUAACUUACUAUGGAGAACUAUGUAUCAAGCUGAAUUUCCUGACAAGAAUUUUCGAGAAAUAUACUUUUCAUAUUUGUAUGGUAGACUAGAAGAUUUACAACUGAUACAUCCCUAUUGUGCGAGGGAAUCGGAAGAAAGAAAAUUAAUAAUUGCGAGAAAGCGAUAUAUUUGUUUACCAGCCGGGUACGAACCGAAAAAUUCGUGA